CAGAGUACUUGAUGCACGGCUCAGUUUCAACCUUGAGACAGGUUUUUAAGUCAAGUAAAUUUCAAAACAAGUUGUCUUAUGCGGGAGAGGUGCGCAUUAUGUUAAAGAUUAUUUUCAUCAUCCUCAUUGUACUGGCUAACAGUUUUCUUAUUUUCAAGAAUUUGCGUAAAUGUGAUUUCAUGUAUAAGCCAAAAACUCUGACAAUUUUAUCAUUGGCCACUGGAGAUGUUCUUAUGGCUCUGUUUCCCAUGGUAGUGCACACGCUAUUUGUGUUUGAAGAAGAAGACGUGUUGUCAUUGAUCAAAGCCUGCCGUUUACUUAUGACUUCCGAUGUUUACCAGAGCUAUCUCAUUAAUUUCGUGUA